AUGCAAAGAAGAACUUCACCCGACCACAGGGUGCCACUCUACACCACUACGCACACACACCAUCUCUCUCAUCCCCUCCGCUCACAGAACAGCCUGCAACGCCAGUCUCCGCCUCGUGUGGCGCACCACGCGCAGCGCGGAAGGGAAGCCAGCCACUCUACCCCCGCAGCAAAAAAGGGAAAGAGUGAUGCAUCAAUAAUGGAAAAGAGGCACACUGGAAUUAUCAGCCGCAUUAGCUGCAGUACUCCACCUCCCACACACACACGAGGUCACUGGGAGACAGCCGAGGCCCCACAGUCCCUGCCGCGGCAUCACAACACAAACAAGCAACCAAAGCGCCACGCACCACACGCCGUGCAGUCACCCAACGUCACCUCUACGGUCACCAAUACACAGGCAGAGAAUACAGCCGUCCUUACAGGGGCAGUCUGUGUGAGAGCAGCACCAUCCCAUCCACAUGACUACGCCACCUCCGCCGAAUAG